AUGGAAAUAAGAAAUUCUGAUUUUUCCACCCUUCCUCAUGAAUUUUCCCGUAGCAGCCACAGAUCUAACACCUCUUAUCUUGUAGACCAAAGCGCUGAUAAGUCAGCAUAUAAAAAAGACAAAGCCUGUGCAGUUUGUAAUACAAAUUUCAGUAUUCUGGGGCUGACUCAGAAGCAUCAUUGUAAUUUUUGCUAUCGUGGAGUCUGCUGAAAAUGCUCCUUGCAGCAGGCUUAUCAUCCUGAUAUGCAUGAAAUGACGAGAAUAUGUGACCAGUGCUAUAAUAAAUCAAUACAAACAAAAAUCAGUAAAGAAUUUGAAAGUAGCCUAGGGGAUGUAAAAAACGAAAUUAAAGAACUUAAAGAAAAACUGCAAAGUGAACAAAGAACGUCAAGAUCUGAAAAAAUUGUAAAAACGCAAAUAAAAGGAGAAUUAACAAAAAUUGUGGAAAAGAAUAAAGAAACAGAAAAUGAGUUAAGCAAAAAAAUUGAAGAAUCUGAAAAAGCUAAUGAGGAAAUAGAAAAUGAAAACCAAAAACUUAAUGAAGAAAUUGAUGAAAUUUUAAAAAAUGAAGAAAAUAUAGAUGGAGAGUUAAAAUCAAUUCAAAGCCAAAUAGAAGAAGGGCUCCAGGAUUUAAAAAACUACCAGUUAAAAAUUGAGGAAAUAAAAAAUUUGAAUUCAAAAGAAAUAAAUAAUAACCAAAAAAAGAACUCAGCUAUAAAAAAGGCUGAAAAGAUUCAAGAAAAGCUAGAUGGAGAAAAGCUUCAAAGAGAAAAAGAAGAAACUGAUAAAAACCAAAGAAUAGAAAGGUCUAAAAAAGAAAUAGACGAAGUAAAAAGAAUGAAUACAAGAUUAAUUCAUAAAAUCCAAGAAUUACAAGAAAAUGAAGACACUGAAGAAGAAAUCAGAAAAUCCUUGGAAACGCCAAACAGACUAUCAGAAAGGCUAUCAAUCACACCAAGAAUGGGAGACCCAUACAAGCUGCUAAGGGACCAAUUGAAGUCUCAAAUUGAAGAAAUAAGCAAGCUUCAAUUGGAAAUAAAAAAUUCAAAAAAUGAAAGCACUUUUACGUUAAAUAAAGAAAGCAUGAGAGAUCCUUUUGAAAGAGACCAAUGCAAAUGUGUACUUCAAUAA